AUGUCUGCCAUUGGAGCUGCUAUAAACAAGCGAAGCUGUGGAAUGGAAGAAGUUGAUCGAAUCAGCAACUUGCCACUAGAUUUGACACAUAAAAUCCUAGAAUUUUUACCACUACAAGAAGCCGUUAAGACAAGCGUGUUGUCGCAAAAUUGGCGGUUUAAAUGGACUUCAAUACCACAGCUUAUAAUUGGCUUUCCAUGCCUUGUUUAUCUUAAAUUGGGAGGCUAUUAUAAUCGUGACACCCCUAAAAACAACGAAGUAUUGGAAACUCUUAUUUCAAGAUGCCCACAAUUUGAGAGCCUCUAUCUAGAUAUUCAUGAAGAGAUGGGUUUGACAAUUCAUGCUCCAAAACUUAAGAAGUUGUCAGUGAGCGGCUACAUUGAUAGUCUAUGCUUGGAAGAAAAUAUGGCUAUUAACGCACUAGGCCUGGAAAUUGUGUUUCAACUUAUAGCAGCUAAGUCGCUCAUUCACUUUUUCGCCUUGGAGGCUAUGCGAUAUUGUCGAGCUUCUCCAAAUGCUGAGUUAAAAAUCAAGACUGUGUAUGAGAGAAGAACAGGGUGGCUGACAUUAUAG